UGCAAAGAAAUGAGAUAAAUUUGACAAGUUCAUUGUCAGUUUGAAAAAUAUGUUUGAUUCGUCCGUUAAUUCCCAUUCCCUGUAACCAAACAACCAAAAUGAAAAAUUACUAGUAUUAAAAAGGAACAAAUCAAAACAAAGUAAUCAGAAACAAAAAAAUAUUUGCAAUAUUUUUAGGUAAAUUGUCCCGAGAUGGGAAACCCUAAAGACGAUCCCGAAUAUGAUGAGUUUUGUGACCCAGACAACCCACGUAAGAUCAAGUAUGAAGAUAUCUUAGCUGCAUCCAGGCGUAUGGCCGGCCUAGUCGUAAAAACACCACUGCCGCGAACCCAUAUGUCCGACAGGCUGGGAAUGGAUUUAUAUAUUAAACAGGAAUUCUUACAAUACACAGGAUGUUUUAAGGAACGUGGCGUCAGGAACACAUUAUUACUCUUGAACGAUGACCAGAAAAAAAAUGGCGUAACAGCAGCUAGUACUGGUAACCACGGUAUCGCUAUGUGCUACGUGUCUGCACAGAUGGGCAUGCCCAACGCCGUGGUGAUGCCCAUCCACGCUCCCAUCACUAAAGUCAACAAGGCCGAGCGGCAAGGUGGAAAGGUGAUCCUGUUCGGCAACAACAUGGCCGAAGCAAAACGACACGCCAUGACAUACGCAAAAGAGAAGAAAAUGGUGUAUGUCAAUGGUUUUGAUCAUCCUAACGUAAUAGAAGGCCAAGGUACCGUGGGUAUAGAGAUUAUGGAACAGUUGCCGACGGUAGACGCCGUGCUAGUGCCGUGCGGCGGCGGCAGUCUGCUGGCCGGGGUCGCUAUAGCUGUUAAACAUCUUAAACCUGAUACAGAAGUAUAUGGUGUUCAAACUGAUAAAUGUUGCGGUAUGGUAGAGGCACUCAGAAAAAAUGAUCGAGUAUUCGUUACUAUAGAUUCCACUCUUGCUGACGGCUUAGCUGUUAACAAAGUCGGCGUUAACACAUUCUACAACCUUAAAGGGUUGGUCGACAAAAUGGUUAUAGUGAGAGAGGAUUGGGUAGCACGUGCCAUCAUGCACAUAGUCGAGGAAGAAAGAUUCGUGGUGGAAGGAGCAGGAGCAGUGACAGUUGCAUCUGUCAUGGCAGGCCUCUUCCCUAAUUUAAAGGGCAAAAAAGUGGUGUGCGUUUGUUCCGGAGGAAAUAUUGACACAACCACAUUAGCUCGGUCCCUGGAGCGCGGCAUGGCAGCUGAAGGUCGCCUGGUGAAGUUCAAAGUGACCGUGUCGGACCGGCCCGGAGGCAUGGCUGACAUGUGCAGUUUGCUCGCCACCAUCGGCGUCACCAUUCGAGACUGCGUGCCCGAGAGGGCCUGGGUCAAAGGGGAUGUUUUUAGUUGUCAAUUAAAAGUAAUCGUCGAAACCAGAGGAUGGGACCACACAAAAGAGCUGGUAGAGCAGAUCAAGAAGCACUACAAAGACUACGUGUUCCAAGACAUGAACGAGCGCACAGACAAGACGUCGGGCGCCCGGCGCGGGCCCUGCCUCGCGCCCAACCCCGUCUGCAUGCAGAAGUAGACGCACCUCUCCGCAGGAACGUUCAGUGUAUCGCACACAUGUCCAUCACAGACUACCUCCGAUUUCGUCAAUAAACCGAUUUACCUUA